AAAAACCCUCUUGAAGCCCGGCCCCGCGGAAGGAAGGAACGGUUUCAGAGUUGUUUCUGUUUGAUAGAAGAACACUGCAAGGCUCUGGUUUUACUCUGUGCGUGCCUAGACAGUCUCCAGAAGCAGUUUAGAAGCGACGAGAACGCCCGGCAACCGAAAGGAUGCACUACGUGCUCGACUUUAUCCUGAUGCUGCCCUUGCUCAUCGUCCUCUGUAUAGAAUCUUUCGUCAAGCUUUUUAUUCCCAAGAAGAAAAAAUCAGUUGCAGGCGAGAUUGUCCUGAUCACUGGAGCUGGUCAUGGAAUUGGAAGACUGACUGCCUACGAAUUUGCCAAACUUAAAACCAAAUUAGUUCUCUGGGAUAUCAAUAAGAGCGGCAUUGAGGAAACGGCCUUAAAGUGCAGGAAACUGGGCGCCCAGGCCCAUCCCUUUGUGGUGGACUGCAGCAAGCGGGACGAGAUCUACAGUGCAGCAAAAAAGGUAAAGGAAGAAGUUGGGAAUGUUAGCAUCCUGGUAAAUAAUGCUGGUGUUGUCUACACUUCAGAUCUGUUUGCUACGCAAGAUGCUCAAAUCGAAAAGACUUUUGAAGUCAAUGUGCUUGCACACUUUUGGACCACAAAGGCAUUUCUUCCCGACAUGAUGAAGAAUAAUCAUGGCCAUAUUGUCACCGUGGCAUCAGCAGCCGGGCACACGGUGGUUCCCUUCUUGCUGGCUUACUGUUCCAGCAAGUUUGCUGCAGUUGGCUUCCACAGAGCCUUGACGGAUGAACUGGCUGCCCUGGGAAAAAACGGAGUCAAAACGUCCUGUCUCUGCCCUAACUUCAUAAACACGGGUUUCAUCAAGAACCCGAGUACCAAUUUAGGGCCCACCCUGGAGCCUGAAGAGGUGGUAGAAAAUCUCAUGUACGGGAUCCUCACUGAGAAGAAAAUGAUAUUUGUUCCGAGUUCUAUCAAGUUAUUGAUGGCAUUUGAAAAGAUCCUUCCUGAACGGUUCCUGGCUAUUCUGAAGCACAGGCUCAACAUUAAGUUUGAUGCAGUUAUUGGAUACAAAGACAAAUGAUGACUCUGGUCUCAUGAAAAGCUGACUUACUGCUCUCAAGUUGAUUCCUUCCCAUUGUAAUCAAAAUUUUAAUGUUUUCAAUCUUCUGGGGUUUUUGUUAUCUUGUUUCCUCACCGUCUCUUUUUGAAGUGUGAUCAUACUCACGAAAGCCAGCUUCCCAUCAUAGAACCAAGUGGCCUUAAGAGUUGUUCUUAUGGAAAGGGGAGGGGAACAUGGUCGAUUUCAAGAUAAUAUUUUUUUUCAGAUUUUGCAGCUCAUCCCCAAGUGUUCAGAACUUGUGCUGUCCAUUUUUAUUUAAGAUAUUUGUCAUUGUACUUUUAGCUUGUGUAAUUCACAUUUCCUCCUCUGUUCCAUAUAAAUUAGAAACGUUAGCCUCUGCAGAGGGAAUGAGGACAGGUCUAGUGUCAUCUCUCCGUGCUUUCAUGUGCGCUGAAACAUCUCACCCAUGAGCAGCACUGUUUCCUGAAGUACCAGUCCCAGGAAGCUGGGGUAGAUGCUCUUGCAAGGAUAAAGGCAUCUGCGGGCUUUCAGACUGAAGUGCAGGACAAUACAUUUAAAAUGGUAAUAAUGAAUGGACCACAUUUCAGUCCUCAGUGUCUCUGCUACACAUAGAACAUGACUUGACCUUUAAAUUAAAGGAAAAUUAGUGAUGCAAUAAAGUCUGUCUUUUUCUUUGUU